UAUCACUCGGCAUGGGUCUCACUUCGAGCAACCCAACCAAGAAACCAAGCAGCCAAAGAAGAGAAACAAAAAGAGAGUCCGUCACAUAUAAUUACUGGCUCUUCUCAAAUUAUUAAGGAUAAUGUCCAUGGUGCACGACUUCCGGUGCGUGUUGGUCUUCCUUCUCCUCUUCCUGGGCUUCCCAGAGAUGCCCGCGCAUCUCUCACGUGCGGAGCACGUGCACCUGGCCGGCUACGGGGAGGAGAGGCUCUCAUCCGUGCUGAUCACCGGUACCAUUCUCUGCGACGCCUGUUUGCAACCCGGGUCCCACCUCCUUUCUUCUCAUGUCCAAGGUGCAAAGGUGGCCAUUGCAUGCAAAACUGAAGAAAGGAGGAGGAAAGCUAAUUGGGCGUAUGGAAUGACAGACGAGUAUGGAGAAUUCAUCAUCGACCUCCCUUCCCAUCUCCAUGCAAUCCCACUGGAAGAGGAUUGCAUUAUUAGGGUCCUAAGAAUGCCCAAGAACUCAUAUUGCAGGCAAACGUCCGGCAUGAAUCACGUAGGAAUAAAAUUGUCUUCGGUUGGAAAUAGCAUCCGCGUCUAUACUGCUGGAGUUGCACGGUUGGGCUACAGAACUGGACCUUCUCAUGAGUGCUUGGAGAAAGGGCACAAUGACAUGGAAAGCGCAUGGUGAAGGAUGAUGACGGUUUACAAGAACCAUUUUAUAUGAGCGGAGAUCUUAUAUGUAUGGCACCUUGUUAGGAUAUAUUCGUCCUUGUAAGAUUUCACCAUGAAUGGUUAUGUUCAAAAAUAUAUUACAUGUAAUCACAGACAAAAAAAAAAGAAAAAGAAAAAGAA